AUGGCGUUACAUUUGUGCAUUUCUGGCUUCUGAAGUUCAUACAUUAUUUUCUGUAAUUCUUACAGUUAUCUUAUUUUAAUUCUAAGUGAAAAUGAUUUAAGACUACAAAAUGGAUUUUGAUGAUAUUGUCGUGAAAGAAAGCCCGGGUCUAUGCCGGUGCUGUCUUUCCGAAGGAUGCUACAAAGAUCUUAGUACCGAGUAUCAAUGGAUGGAUGAUACAGAAAUUUAUGCCGAUAUGUUACUGGAUUGCUUCGAUAUAAGUAUCUCUCAACACGCUGAAGGGCCCAAUGGUGCCAACCGACUUAUUUGUGAGGUAUGCGUAACAAGACUGAGAGAUGCUUGCAACUUCAAGAAGCAAGUAUUGGCCUCGGAGAAGAAAUUUGUUGAUAUGGUUGGCAGGGGAGCAUUUAAACCUAAAGCGGUUACUUACAAUGUCCCCAUCAAAUCUGAAGCAAUCUUGGAAAUACAGCCUCAGGAAACAGAGGUGGAGUUUCUUGAGGCAGGAAUGGAUUAUCCUGAUGAUGACGUAUUAAAGGACGAUUUAGGACACACGAGUACAGAUGAUAUUACGGUAUCAACUUUACCGAUUAAAGGCAAGAAAGGAAAGGCUAAAAAGACUAUGACUAAAGCUGAAAAGAAGUCUUGUUCCAAAAUAGUACUUGUUGAGAAACCGAAAAUUUCAAAACCUCUAACUAAAGAUGAAAUACCGCAUGCCCACGAGAACUGUGUCUCUGAGAGGCGACGGCGGAAUUUACAAAUAUUAUUCAACAACACAACCCUUUUACCAUUUAAAUGGAGGGGGAAAUGCCUAUGUUUCUAUUGCGGGGAAAGUUACGCUGAUUAUAAUGAUUUUAGAAAACAUACAAAAUCACAUGGUCCUUGUACAACUAAAGAUUAUUCAUUAAAAUUAAUCAAAGGAAAUCAAAUAGAAAUCAAAAUUGACGUAUCCCAAAUAUCGUGUGAAAAAUGCAAUGAAACGUUUAAAACUUUAAAAGAAAUAGUCGAUCAUUUAGUGGAAAAACACGGUUUGGAUUACGACAAAACAAUCGAUACAAAAAUUCAAGAAUACAGGCUGUUGGAUUUUCAAUGUUUACACUGUGAUUUACAAUUCAAAUAUUUUGGUUUUCUUAUCAACCACGUAAAUAGUACACAUCCGCGUAAUAAUUAUAUUUGCGAUGAUUGUGGAGCUACUUAUAAUAAAAAGAGAGAUUUAACUUUACAUUUUCGGCAUAAUCAUCGCAAAGGUGGUUACCCUUGUACAGAAUGUUUGGAAACUUUCAAAUCCCAUAAUCUAUUACGUAAACAUCAAAAUGAUUAUCACUUUAGGAAGUGCAAAAUAUGCGGAGUGAACUUCGCAACGUACAGUAUGUUACUAAAGCAUGUACAAUCCGAACACCCGGACGACGGCACCGCAAAAUGUCCACAUUGCGCCAAACAAUUACAUUCACCGCAAGGUUUAAAGCAGCAUAUACAUAAAUGUAAAGUCAAUUUUAUAAAAAUAGAUCAUCCUGUAGAUGACAAUUUUACAGAUGUUUUAUUGCAACCGAAAAAGAAACAAAACCUUAAACAAAUAAGACAGAAUAUCCAAUGCGUUCUUAACAUGUCUACGGCAUUGCCUUUUAAAUUUUUCGCCAAAUAUUGUUGUUUCUAUUGCUCCAACAAGUUUGUCGAAUUUGACGAACUCAAAGAACAUACACUUUUGGAACACCCUAUAUGUGAUUUGCAAUCUAAAAGCAUGAAGAAAUGUAAAGGCGAGAGAAUAACAGUUAAAGUCGAUAUAGCAAAUUUAAGCUGUAAAAUAUGUGGCGAACAUUUCGAGAAUUUGGAUAUAUUAAUCGACCAUUUAAUUAUAAAACACGCUGUAAACUAUGAUAAGUCGAUUUCAGGAUGUUUGGAACCGUACAAAGUUAUAAAGGACAAUAUGCCAUGCCCGUUUUGCCCUAAUCGUAUCUUCAGAUACUUUGGUAUACUACUAAGACAUAUAAAUUCAGAACAUAGUAACAAUAACAGGAUCUGUGACUUCUGUGGUCGUAGUUUUAAAAGUGUAACCAAUUUAAAAGUGCAUAUAACUUACGCACACACUGGUGCUUGCGAAUGUAAUAUAUGCGGUACGAAAUAUAAAAAUCAAUGGUGUUUAAGUCGACAUAAAGCUAAACAUCAUAACGCAAAAGAUUAUAAAUGUCCGAAAUGUCCUGAGCUAUUCCAAUCACAAUAUCAUAAACAAAAACAUUUAAUUCAAAACCAUAAUAUAGGUCAUAAAUGUAGUUAUUGCGGGAAAAUGUUUACGAGGAAUUCGUUCAUGAACGAUCAUAUACGUAGGACGCAUUUAAAAGAGAAAAAUGUCGUAUGUUCAGUUUGUAAUGAAAAGUUUUUCGAUAAUUAUCUUUUACGUAUGCAUAUGGUAAAACAUCAAGGUGAAAGAAAAUUUAAUUGCGAAGUUUGUGGUAAAGCUUUCUUGCGUCGUAGUAAUUUGAGUUCGCAUAAAGAAAUGCAUAAGAAAUACGGUCAUUUACAAACCUAAAUGAACUUAUGUAAAUGAACUUUAUACUCUAAAAUGUACUUGUACUUUUGGCCAAUUAUGUUUAAUUCAAGAGAAAUUGCGAACAAAAGGAUGAAAUAUGUGCACUAUUUUAUUAUAAGUUUCACCACCUCAAAGGCCGGCAACGCAUCUGCGGUUCAUCUGGUAUUGCUGAUGUCCA